AUGGCGGAGUCUAUAGACGGGAAGAAGGAAUAUAACAUCGAGCAUGGGCCUGCUCCAGAUUAUGCUGGAGAGAGGGCUACCGAUGUCGCCAUCGGAGAGGCGAAAGCACUGUAUGGCGAUAUACAGGAUGCUGAGCAAUACGGCUACGUCGCGAGAGGGCUAAAGUCACGCCAUAUCCAGUUCAUUGCUUUGGGAGGCACAAUCGGUACUGGUCUCUUCCUUGGUAUCGGCAAAGCCUUCGCACAGGCGGGACCUCUCUCUGUCUUGCUUGGCUACUCGAUAACAGGUAUUGCUAUCUUUUUCAUGAUGCAAUGUCUUGGUGAAAUGGCAACCUGGCUCCCUCUUCCUGGUGCGGUACCUCAGUACGCAGCACGUUACGUCGAUCCUGCGAUGGGUUUCGCUGUGGGUUGGAACAAUUGGUAUUCGAACGCUUUGACACUUUGUGCCGAGAUCAGUGCCGCUUCUGUCGUAAUCGGUUUCUGGAACGACUCUAUCAAUCAAGCUGCUUGGAUUUCGAUCAUCCUGGUCGUAAUCGUUCUGCUAAAUGUAUUCGCGGUCAGCAUCUAUGGAGAAGCGGAGUUCAUUUUCGCUUCGAUCAAGAUUAUUACGAUUGUUGGACUGCUGCUUCUGGCCCUGAUUAUCGAUCUUGGAGGUGCACCUAACGGAGACCGCCUUGGUUUCAGGUACUGGAGGCAUCCGUGGGUGCCGAUGAAAGAAUACAUUUCUACUGGAGAUGCUGGACGCUUCUUUGGAUUCUUCUCCGUUCUGGCUAAUGCGGCUUUCUCGUACGGUGGCGUGGAAAUGGUUGCUGUCGCUGCUGGUGAAGCAGAAAACCCCAGGAAGAAUAUCCCCAAGGCUGUCCGACGUGUCUUCUGGCGCAUUCUCUUUUUCUACGUGCUUGGAUCUUUGGCCAUCGGUGUCAUUGUUCCUGCUGACGACGACCGUUUGUUGAGCGGCGGAGCCGGAGCUGCUUCUUCACCUUGGGUCAUUGGAAUCGUGAGGGCGGGAAUUCCUGUUCUGCCUCACAUUAUCAAUGCCGUCAUUCUCACCUCAGCCACUUCCUCUGGAAAUGCUUUCCUGUACACUGGCUCUCGCUACCUAUUUGCCCUAGCACAGAACCGUCAGGCGCCACGGUUCCUUCUCACCUGCACUAGGACCGGAGUUCCGAUCUACUGUGUUCUCAUCACUGCCUCGAUAGGCCUCCUAACCUAUAUGACCGUCUCAAGUGGUGCAGCCAACGUCUUCGGCUGGUUCCAAACCUUGACUACUAUCACGUCCGUCAUCACCUGGGUGAACAUCUUAAUUGCCUACAUCGCCUUCAAGAAAGCUCUUGCCGCCCAGGGCGUGGACCGAAAUACCCUGGUCUUUAAAUCCAAAUGGCAACCAUACACCGCAUACAUUCCACUGGCCUUCUUCCUGAUCAUCAUCGUCUUCAACGGCUUUGCUGUUUUCACAAAGGGGAGAUGGAGCGUGCAGGACUUCGUGACCGCGUACAUUUGUGGUCCGAUUUACAUCACAUUCUUCUUGGUUUGGAAGGUUGUCAAGAGGACCAAAUUUGUUAAGAGUUCUGAGGCGGAUAUCUGGACGGGCAAGGCGGAACUAGAUGCGGAGGUCUGGCCUGAUCAGACUCCAAGGAAUUGGGUCGAGAAGGUGUGGUAUUGGAUUGCGUAG